CUUCAUCUCCAUCUCCAUCUCCAUCUCCAAACAUUCUUCCAAAAGCUUCAUCGCUUUUGAUCUCAUUCCUUUCCUUUCUCUUUCUUUCACGCAAAAGAACACAAGCUAAGGAGAAUUAAGCUCAUCAAUGGAUCAAUUGGAAUCGUGUAUGCCACCCGGCUUUAGAUUUCACCCAACAGAAGAAGAACUCGUGGGCUACUACCUCAACCGAAAGAUUAACUCCUUGAAAAUUGAUCUAGAUGUUAUCAUCGACAUUGACCUCUACAAAAUAGAGCCAUGGGACAUUCAAGCGAGAUGCAAUCUAGGCUAUGAUGAACAGAACGAGUGGUACUUCUUCAGUCACAAAGACAGGAAGUACCCGACCGGAACUCGGACGAAUAGAGCCACUGCUGCCGGGUUUUGGAAGGCAACUGGAAGGGACAAGGCGGUGCUUUCCAAGAACAAAGUUAUUGGAAUGAGGAAGACGCUUGUGUUCUACAAGGGACGUGCACCAAAUGGAAGGAAAUCUGAUUGGAUCAUGCAUGAAUAUCGGCUUCAAACUUCUGAAAACGGACCUCCUCAGGAGGAAGGAUGGGUGGUGUGCAGGGCAUUCAAAAAGCCAAGCCCUAAUCAGAGGCAAGGUUAUGAAGCUUGGAACCAUGCUUACUAUCUCAGACCUCCAUCAUCAUCAUCUAAUUCUGAUCAUCUUAUGCUUAAUCAUCACCAUCAUCAUCCCAAUCAAUCCACAAGUUUUCCUCAACACCCUUUUGCUUCUCCUUCUGACCUAGAUUAUUUUCCCAUUAAUAAUCAAACUUUCAUGGAAAAUCAACUCAUGGAACUUCCUCAACUAGAUAGCCCUACUCUUUCGACAAGUUUCGCUACGAAAGAUCAAGGCCACCUGCAACAUAACAGCAACAACAUUCUAACCAGUGAAGACUGUGGUGAAGAAGAAAAGAGCAACAAUGGUGGCGAAUACAAUAUUGAUUGGAAAAUUUUGGACAAUUUACUAGCUUCACAAUUGGUUCCCUUCCCCAACAAUUUGCCAUCUUUCUCAAGUCAGAAUAAUAAUUUUGAGCUUGAAGCUCAAACGAGUGUUAGUCAUAUUCUUGGAUGUCUGCAUGAGUUGUAACAAUUUAAAGCCUUAAUUUUGAGGUUAAUUAAUUUCAGUAUAAAUAAUCAAGAGUAAUUAGACUAAGAUUUAAGUUUCCUUUUUUAGAAGUUGUUUAAGAUAUUGAAUUCCAAAGAUGUGUUGAAAGUUUAUAUAUU